GAACGAGAGGUUUUAGGGUCAUGGUUGACAGGAUAUGCUGGUCUAUGCGUAGCCGUCGAUCCUUUCUUCAUCUCCCGGUUUCAGCCGUCGAUCUUCCAUACUUUUCAUCUCGUCGCUGACGGCCUUGAUCCUCUCUCCCCGUCUCCUCCUCCCUUUCUCUGCCUGUGAUCCUUGCUCGAGAUUCUCCGAUAAUCGAUCUCUCACAUGGAUUCACUACAGAUGUAGCUAUUCUUCCGUCUUUGUCCAUAUCUGCCUCUUUGUUUCUGAUGUGAACCACCAUAAGGGGCAGUAAGACAGAGUGAAGCUCGAUUGAUGGUUGUUUGAGUCCAAAGAAUUUCCGUUGUUUGAUUGGUCUCAGUUGUUGGAGUUUGGCACCUAGUUGGCUGGUCGAUAGAGGAAGAAUCUCUUUGCAGCCAUCAUUUUUGUUGCCUCUAACCUGGUAUUUCCUCACAAACUUCAUGUCUCAUAAGUUUGAUAGUCCUGUUCAAACCCAGAUGGCUGUGGGAGUUUUCAGUGGUUCAUGCAAUGGAGAGUUUAAUAAAAAAUUGGUGGAUAAACCUUCAGGAAGGAGGCGUGUGUUUGUUCAGACUGAGACUGGCUGUGUGUUGGGAAUGGAGCUUGACCGAAAUGACAAUGCCCAUACUGUGAAAAGGAGGAUGCAACUUGCCCUUAACGUACCAACUGAAGAGAGUUCUUUGACAUUUGGCGACCUUACAUUAAACAAUGAUCUUAGUGCCGUUCCAAGUGAUUCUCCACUUCUUCUGACUAGAAAUGGCUUGCAUAGGAGCUCAUCAACUCCAUGUCUCACCCCUACUGCGAAGAUGCCUCAACAAGGAGAUCAGAGUGGUGCCAUUGAGAUACUGGGGCAUUCAAGUCGUUUUGCCAAAGCAAAAGAAGUAGUUGAGGACAUUGUGAAAGCGAUCAAGAACGGUGUUGAUCCUAUCCCCAUUCACAGUGGCCUUGGUGGAGCCUAUUUUUUUAGGAACAGCGAAGGGGAGAAUGCUGCCAUUGUGAAGCCGACAGAUGAGGAGCCAUUUGCCCCAAACAACCCCAAAGGUUUUGUAGGUAAGGCCCUUGGAUAUCCAGGCUUGAAACCUUCAAUUCGAGUUGGUGAAACAGGAUUUCGAGAAGUAGCUGCCUAUCUUUUAGACUACAAUCACUUUGCCAAUGUGCCCCCAACUGCUCUUAUAAAAGUUACUCACUCUGUCUUUAAUGUGAAUGAUAGUGUAAAUGGAAACUGGUUUGAGGAUGGGAUGAAGGUUAGCAAGAUUGCAUCUCUGCAGCAGUUUAUUCCUCAUAAUUAUGAUGCUAGUGACUAUGGAACUUCAAGCUUUCCAGUUGCAGCUAUACAUAGGAUAGGAAUAUUGGAUAUUAGGAUCUUUAACACUGACAGGCAUGCUGGUAACCUUUUAGUUAGGAAGCUUGAUGGACUAGGGCGGUUUGGCCAAGUGGAGCUCAUCCCUAUUGAUCAUGGCCUUUGCUUGCCUGAGCACCUGGAAGACCCAUACUUUGAGUGGAUCCAUUGGCCUCAGGCUUCUAUUCCUUUCUCUGAGGAUGAGCUUGACUACAUAAAAAAGCUAGACCCUUUUCAUGAUUCUGAGAUGCUACGGAAUGAGCUGCCCAUGAUCCGAGAGGCAUGUCUUCGAGUAUUGGUCCUUUGCACCAUAUUCCUGCAAGAAGCGGCUGCAUUUGGGCUGUGUCUUGCUGAGAUC